UGCCGGAUGAUUCAGCAGGUCGCGCGGUAGUCUGUCCGUCCACAGCCGCGGCUCGCGCUCCGAAUCCACACGUGAACCGGAACCGGACUAAGACCCAGGACAGGCUCGAACCGGCCCCGGACACAGACCCGGACUCAGUCCCGGACCCUGCAGGUGUUCGGGAUCCGCGGAGACCCCUUAGCGGCCGAGGACCAGGGUCUGGACUACAGGCCUCCGUGUGCCGGUCCGGUCCUCCGAGUCCGGUCCCAGUGGAUUAGUGGAGGUCCGUGUGGAUACGCAUCGACCCGGGUCCCGGUCUGGACUAAACCUGAGGCUCUGGGGGGAAACAGCUGGUCCGCGGAUCCGCCUCCGGUCCCGCAUUUCCGCAUUCGGAGCCUGAUGCUCCGGGACAGAGCUUCUUCUUGGUCUCCAUGGUGAAGUGGGCGGGGUCUGAUGUCGGCCCCUCCUCUCGUCGACCCUCCCACCAUGCCCACCAUGGUCUCUAGGCUGCCCAAGUUCAGCUCCCGGCCCAAACCCGCCACUCAGAUGGGUCAGGCCGCCACCGCUGCCGCUGCCGCCGCCUCCAGCACACGACUGACCAACGGCUUCUACCACCACCCUGGGCCUGCGGGGGUCAAAGCUCAGUCCUCUGUCAAACACAACGGCUUCAUCCGAGUCCCCACCUCAUAUUCAGUCAAAUGGAAGAGACAGAACGGACUGAUGGAGGACGCAGACGCCGAGCACAAAGCUGGGCGCUAUGGCAACAACAUCCAUCACUAUUAUCACCCUCGGCAACAGGAGCCCCCUCAGAAACCAGGGAAGACUCCUGGGUCCAGUUCCAGGACCCUCCCCGGGUCUAAAACCGGGUCCAAGUUGAGCCAGAUCACGUCUGGACUCACAAACGGCACUAAACUGGCUCUGAACGGUCUGUCUGGAUCCAAAAAGCAGAACGGGACCGGCGGCUCCGGCAGGCCGCUCCAGACUCCGCCCCGCUCCAAAGGUUCUGGUCCAGAUUCAGGUCCCGGGUCCAGAUCCGGAUCCCCACUUGAAAAGAAACCAGCAGCGAGUCGCUCCCACUCCAGCGACAGCCUGGGUUCGGCUCCGCCCACCCCUCUGAGCAGAACCAACAAGGCCCGGUCCCGAAGCCUGACCCAGGUCCAACGCCAGCCUUCACCCACCCUAAGCCCCACCUCCUCCACCAUCAGUCCCGCCUCCUCCCCCACCGCCACUCACUCCUACUCCACCAAUCGGGCGGCAGAGCGAGGACUGACUCAGGCCCCGCCCAGAUCCAGUUCUGGUGCUAAAAUCCCGGCUCCUUUGGGCCGGUCCUCGCUGCUGCCCUCGUCGGCCUUGAAGAAGUCCCUCCUCCCUGGCUUUAGCCCCGCCUCCAAGCCCAGCGGCAUCAGCUACAAGCUGUCACGCCCAUCACUCUUCAAGCAGUCCCGCCCCCUGCGGGUGACGGCGACCGGUGGAGACCUGAAGGCGGAGCAUCCGACGGACAGGAGGGACUCGGUGGAAACGCCCUCGACCACAGAGGACAGUCCAGGCAGCAGCCCCGAGGCUCCAGAGCUCGGGGGCCUGUCAGCCCGACCCCAGUCCCAGGGAGAGGUGUCCAUUAUCGGGGAGACGCUGGAGGACAUGUCCCUGUCCUCCACCUCGUCCCUGGAUCCAAACGACACCAGUCAGGAAUACAUGGACGACUUUGACAACCUGGGAAACGGCGGCGUGGGCGUCCUGCUCAUGUCCUGUAAAAAUGACGAAGAUGACUCGGGCCUCGACCAAUCAUGUGCCAGGUUUGAUGAAGACAAAGAGGCUGUUAACAGCGUUUCCAAGGCGACGGAGCUGUGUUUCCUUGACGACGGUCUGGACUGGACUGGGAUGAGACUCAGCGGCGACCGCGGCGACCACCGUCUGAGCAGACUGUCCCGCCCCCGAAGAUCCAGUCAGCCCGAAUACCACGAGCAGGGGGGUUCGUCUCUGGAUCUGUCCCCGUCCGACAGCUGCGGGUCGGGGGGAACCUACAUGUGGGAUGAGGAGGGUCUGGAGCCACUGGGGGGUGCCGCCAACAGCGCCUCCAUCAGCACCAACACCAAUGGGAACACCACCCACCACAUCGGCAGCUUCGACUCGGACCUCAACAGCAUCGACAUUUUAAACCACCUGGAGUCCACCUGUGACCUGGACGAAGACGACCUGAUGCUGGACGUGGACUUCCCAGAGGACACCUCUGUCCACAGCGAUGGAGAUGCCAUGUCCCACAUGGCCCAGUGGAGGCGGAGGCAGCUCUGUUGGGGGACGCAGGACAUCCAUGACGCCGACAGUGAGUUCCGGAACUACAAACUGACAGAGGAUCCAGGAAACCAGAGGAAGGAGACGCAGCUGAUCCUGGAUCUGUGUCCACCAGGGUCUCCUGGUCUGGGUGUGGACGUGGAGGACUUGGCUGAGGACUUUUCUGCUGUUCGGUGUCAGCUGGAGUAUCUGCACAGGUUACUGCUACAGGAUGAGGAGGUGGACGAUGACACCCUGACCACCGACACCCUGAGUCCGGAGACCGCGGACUCUUCCCACAGCUCUGCCCCCCAGGUCCAGACUCUGCUUCAGGAGGUUCAGCAGCUCCGAGACGAGCUGAGGAGUCGAGACCGAACCAUCGCUCAGCUGAUGCAGCAGCUGACCGUUCCCGUGGUUACCACCAGGUGUCGUUGCCAGGAGACAACGACGAUGGAUCAACACACACAGACAAGUGUGACAGCGAGAGAGAGUGUGGGUUCACAGACACCAUGGAGGGACAACACAUCUCAGAUUCUUCACCCCUCCAGCCAAGACCAGAACCCACUGAUGCACCAGGACCUGGUCCAAGCCCCUCCUCCAGCUCCUCCCGUAGCCCCGCCCCAGAAGCCUCUGGACCGCAGUGACCCCACCCACCCCACGCCCACCGCCGGAAGAGAGGAUGAUGGGAAACCCCCGCGAAGAGGCACCGCCCUCAGGUCCCUACAGCUGCCCCAGCCCUCUAAGCUCCGCCUCCUCAUGUUUCACUCCACAAGGCCCGCCUCCAGCUCAGGCCUCGCCAUCACCCCGUCUUCCAAGACGAGGGCGCCGCGGCCGCUGUCGGCGCCAAACAUCCCCGACACGAGCAAAACGAAAGCGCCGGGCUCGUCCCGCCUCCUGAAACCAAAGACGCACUGAAGCCCCGCCUUCCUAGCAUGCGGUGAAGCGGAGGUCAUCAUGGAAAUGACAGGAUGCACUAAUUAAAGGAGGAUUAUUUAAUCUGCAGCAGCGUCGGUCAAUGGGCGGAGUCUGUGUUUAUAGUUGUCACACGGGCCCGUUAUGACUUAAAUAAUUAAAAAACAGAAAAAAUGGAAAAACGUUUAUUUAAGCUGUAAAUGAGGCUAAAACGGAAACUUAUUUAUUAAUAUUUAAACACUGACGAUAACGACAUAAGUGAUCGAAGUUAUGAAAUAAACGAGUAAAAUGAAAGACCUCAUGUGACGUAAUCAGACGUUCAGGUGUUUGUUCUGUUUUCUGCUGCUUCAAACCUCCCAUCGAUGACGUCAAACCGUUCAAACUCCAAUGCUUUAUCUGCUCUGACGGUGAAAGGAUCAGCUGAUCAGUCAUGUGACUGAAGCGGUCAGCUGAUCGGUCAUGUGACUGAAGUGGUCCAGAGGUAUGGAACCGGUUGAACGGGUUCAUGGAGGCGUGUGUGGACCGAAGGUUCUGUUUCUAUGCAACGCAUUCAAAAACCAAACGCUUCAUUCCGUUCAUAUUUGUUCUAUGAAUAAAUUUCUUCCAGGUUCAGAUUAAAAUUAUAAAAGUAUUUAGUUUUAAUAUUUGAGUCUGAGCAGGAAAAACUAAAAGACAAUUAAUCCAAUAAACAUGUUUGUGUCGU